AUGCCGUCCAUACUGAACAAGGACGACAAGCUGGUCGUUAAACGCGCAGUACCUAGUCCAUCAAACAAUAUCAUCACUGUCGCUGUCGCACGGCUCUACGUGAACUAUCCAAAUAAGCACAAAUGGAACUUCACCGGAAUCAGUGGGGCGGUGGUACUGGCCGAGGACAUGGUCGGACAUACGUUUUUCUUCAAAAUAGUUGAUGUUACUAGCAACAAAGGUGUGAUAUGGGACCAGGAGCUCUACGAGGGCUUCAAGUACAAUCACGACCGAACCUUCUUCCAUACCUUUGAGCUCGAAGACUGCAUGGCGGGGUUUUCGUUUGCGGAUGAGAAGGAAGCUGCAGGGUUUCACAAAAAGGUGGAGACACGGGAAAAAUACGCAAAAUCGAAAGGCCGCCCCGCUGGGUUCAGCGCACACAUACCGCACCCUCACCUUCCUCAUAUAGGACGCAGCGAUAGCAUUUCUCGCAAUUCACCCUCUCCCCCUGCGCCGAAGGCUCAAAACGGAGGCGAUGUGCCGUUUUCAAUAGACAACCCAGACCCGGAGUUCCAGGCACUCCUAAAAGAGCUCAUGGACAUGGGAAUUACGGCAGAUCAGAUAAAGGAUAAUGAAGACUUUAUCAAGAGUUAUAUCGCCGAGAAGGAAAAGAACGCAGAGGCAGAGAAGCGUAAGCAACUGAAUGGGAAUGGGAGUUUGCAUGUAAUAGAAGUACCGGGGUCACCAAGGGGAGUUGAUAGGAGUUCGAAAGCCCCUCCACCGCCGCCGCCUGCACCCCCGCAAUCUGCGCCCCCACCACCCUCUGUGCCGCCUCCGCCGCCUCUCGACCAAGUCACGGAGGGGACCAGCACCACCUCCACCAAUACCCAGGGGGUCAAGGCAUUUAGCUUCUCAAUCGACUGGCUCGUCACCGCCUCCCCCACCGUCCCGAUCCCCAGCUCCACCGCCGCCACGAGCUGCAUCUCCGCCUACCCAGCCACGAUUUGUGGUCCCCCCUCCGCUUCCUACUGCUGGUGCCUAUGCCAAUUCAGCUCCACCGCCCAGACCACCACUACCGCCUACAGAAAGAGCACCGCCACUACCACCGAAGACACCCCUGGAGGAGGACCGGGCAAGGUUUGCAGUUCCGCCACCUUUUCAGCCACCGAGCCGGCCUCCGCAGGCUCCUCCACAACCUCCUCCACAGCUUCCUCCACAGGCUCCGCAACCCCCCCCAAGCCGAGGACCGAUACCUGUUCUACCAUCACGACCAGCAUUCCCAGGACCCCCACCCCCACCUCGUCCACCGAUGUCCCACCAGCGCGUCCGCCGCCGCCGCCGUUCCAACCCCCCCCGGUUGUUGCGGCCCCACCACCAGCUCCCCCACCACCGCCACCACCACCCCCGCAAUCAUCCGGACCUCCCCCAACACUUCCCCCGCACUUAUCCGGACUACCUAGCCUACCUUCCCCACCACCUCCCAGUAUGCCCGGGUUCAGCAACAAUGCGCCGCCUCCACCAAUGAUGCCCGGCUUUAGUUCAGGUGCACCACCACCACCACCACCGCCCCCGCCCCCACCUCCUUCCAGUAGCAUACCCAGCUUUGGCGGAUAUGCACCACCAGCACCACCACCGCCGCCGCCGUCAUUCGGGUUUAGUAAUAAUGCCCCUCCUGCACCACCGCCACCUCCACCCGGGAUGGCCCCUGGCGGACCGCCUCCGCCCCCGCCACUACCAGGCAGAGACGAAGGCGCAGCACCGCUGCCCAGCAAGAGUGCUCUUCCCCCUGGAGACCUGCUGGCGUCUAUCAGAGGCGCGGGAGGAAUUGGUGCGCUGAAGAAGACAAAGACCGUCAAGGACGCAAGUGCGCCGGCUGUCAAGCCGUCGGCUACAUCAGCGCCGGCCGCUAACCCAAUGCUUGCGCUGCAAAUGGAGCUGGAUAAGAGAAAGGGCAAGGUUUCGAACCAGAGUGAUGAUGAGGAUGACGGCGACUGGUAA